AUUGUGAGGUCAUACCAGAAAAUAAAUUCACGUUCGUCAUUAAUUAAAUGGAUGUCGCGUUCAUUUCCACAACGUUAUUAAACAUAAAAGUUGGCAGAUAAUUUCAGUACAAUUACGCCUCCCUGUUACCAAUUAAAUGCAACUCUGGUCGCCCAAUCUGCAGACGAAUUCAUUGUCCAAUUCGUUUAUUUCGCGUUGAGCUCGUUUAACAGAUGGACGUUUGUUUCCGAUUAUCGCGUUCAUCGUUAUUUUUCUGAAGGGAAAAUUGAAGGAUACAAUUCUUUUUUCUUUCCCUUUCAUAAAUUUCCUUAUUUGCGAAGCAAAAGUUGACUUCCAACAUUUAAACGUGUGAAAAGUGUCGAUAUUGCUGAGCAAUGUUGAAUUGUGAAAAAACCAAACUAGUAAUUUUCGAAAAAAUGUAAUGAAAAAAUCUGGUUAAAGUUUUUUCUGAUAUCACAGAAAGAGUGAAAAGAAGGCACAUAAAGCAAAUGGCAAAAAUGACGGUUUCAGUGAGUGAGAGAGCGAAAGAGAGAGUGAACAUGCGAGUGUAAAUAAGAAGUUGAGAAAAAAUCGAAUUCCGUUGUAGGUGUGUAUUUUGACAUAGAAAAAGAAAACAAAACGCAAAGAAGAAAAAACAACAAUGAAUGGCAAAAAUUUUAAAAUUUGCGGUGGAAGAAACUAAAAAUUCCUAAAUCGGAAACGAAGUUGGUCCGUUUAUUCAAAAAUGUAUUGGGUAACAGCAUUUCAUUUUGCAUAAUGAAAUUAAAUAACGAUAUUGUUAUUGGAGCUGAAAAACUUGACAGUUCUCGACUCGAUUUGCAACAAUUUAAUAUAAUUUUUAUAAAUAUGCAUCGCACCGAGUGUCUCACUGAGGAGUUUUACCCGGACGAAUAGUCCUCAGACAUGUGCAGUUGUGGAUUGUGUACAAAAUUUCAUUGUUUUAUUGCAAGAAACUUAAAAAAGUUUACCAGAAAUAACGUUUCUUUUUCAACACAGUGAAAUUAAAUAACGAUAUUGUUAUUGGAGCUGAAAAACUUGACAGUUCUCGACUCGAUUUGCAACAAUUUAAUAUAAUUUUUAUACAAUGAAUAUUACCAAAUUAUGUGUGCAAUUAUUAAAAUAACGAAAAGUAAUUCAGCAAUACUAUUGUGCUUUAUAUAUUCAACAAUGAAUGAAUAAAAAAAUAAAUGAAAAUAAUUGUUAAAUAUGUGAAUAAGAUAUGAGAAUGGCAAUAAUACGCUAUGGAUUUUCUUUGAAAUAAACCGUGGAACCCUCAAAUAGAAGCAGCCUUGGAGGAGUUUUUUGGAACUAGUUAAGCAUUAAUGCGUUAUCCGUUAAACAAUAUAGAAAUAAUAAAUAAAAAACACCAAAACUAACAACAAGAAAAAGGAGCAAGUAUUGCAGAGAGCAAAUCCAACAUCCUGAAACGUUCUGUGUUCCAAAAAGCUUUCAUAUAAGUGCAAGAAGUCGCACGCAAAGUUGGAGAGAUGGACAUUAAUAAAAAGAAAAACUGAAAACACCAAAUACUCACCAUCACUUAAAAAGUAUUUUUCAACCCACCUACCUUAUGGAUCUCGUGCAAAUAGUCAUUUGCACACAUACAUACAUACAUACAUACAUAUAUUGAUGAGAACUCAGAAAAAUUUUGGACGCUUAACAUAUAAUUACAUUUGGAUUGCAGGGAAAACGAAAUAAUUUGAGCAUUUAAGUAAGUCCACUAAUUGAUUCCUUAAUUGGACUAUUAAAUGUUUCAUCUUAUUAAAGACGGCACACUAUUUAUCCCUGUUGAUUGGCAUCUUUGAAGGCACGUUUUUCUCUAACUGACAUUUCUUGCAGCUAUUAUACUCGCGCUAGCCCAGCAGCCAUUCACAGGAGUGGGGUGUGACUAAUACCCAAAAUUCCGCCGGUUACUUAGAUGCUACCUUUGAAACCUUUAUAAUAUUUCAUCACUAUAUAAAUUACAUAACGUAGUCUUAUCGACGUCGACGUUGCAGAGACAUAAAACCAGCAAUUGUAGCUGUCGCAGGGAUAGGGACCGUUUGUCGGAUCGCGCCACAGCUUAUGUGGCUGUCAAUGACUGCUUCGAUGUUGCGUGCAACACCUGAAAAAUGGUCAAAGCGGUUUCAGCUCGAGCAACAGCAACCACGGCCGCAUUGUACGUAGCAAAUCAGCAAUUGCAAUUACAGCAAGAGCAGCCGAACGGCAAGAAAUCUGUACAGAAUCUACUGCAGCAAAAUCUACCAAAACGACAGGAGAGUUGUUUCAGCUCUGAGAACGAACAGAAUUCAAAUCAACGUGGACAGCAGUUUGCUUUUGACGCUGAGGACGAGGAGGAGGAGCCGUGCGCGAAACGCAUUGCUGUAGCAUCGCUCACCAAAAUGGUAAUACCAUCAUCGGCAGCAACAGCAACCACCACAUCAUCUGCGUCCGUUUCCUCUUCAGUCGCAUCAGCAACAACGACAAACAAUGCUAACACGAAUGUUGCCGAUCAGCAACAGCAACUGCAGCGGCAAACACAACAACAACAAAAUGUUCUCUAUCAGCAACAUCAACCCCCGCCCGCCAGCCACAACAGCCAACAGUCGGCGCCGCGUCAACAUCCGAAGAAACGUAAAUUCGAUCCAGCUGAGCUGGACCGACAUCAGCAAACCUCACCACAGCCCCAGCACCAGCAGCACAGCGGUGGGCCAGCUGCGACCUCGUCGAUCUCCAAACAAAUUUCGCCGAAUAAUAACGCUAACGGAAACACCGAAAACAAUAACGGCUUGAGGAACGGAAACGAGACGGCUAUAUCGAGUGCAUCAUCAUCAGCAACAGGCAAUAUUAUUGUUACAGGCUGCAAUAGCAACGUUUCAUGGUCAGUCACAACCACAAGUUCUGCAAAUGAUGCCGCUACAUCGACGGAUAUUCUCUAUACAGCGAUCCGUUCGACUGGCCAACAGCAGCAACACUCCCCAGCAACAUCAAUGAUCGUGAGUCCGAUGGCAACAACGACACUUUCCACCGUUACACUGCCGGGAGGAGUUGUAGUUGGCGCUGGCGCCAACACUAACAGUGGUACGGCAGUUGUAACGGCGGCUGGGCGGGGAGCGACAUCACUUGAAAGUCCCGAAAAGCGCAUGAUCAUAACAAGCACACAGCCGUCAAGUAAUUACAAACUGCAGAACGUGUUGAGUGUGGCUCACAGCACCAGCAAUACCACAUUGCAGCAACAACGCCACACCUAUCAGCAACAUUUACAACAACCACAGCCAGUGGUUGCCAUGCAGCCACAGCAUCAGCAGCAGCAGCCGCCGCCGUCGCUAGUUGCCAAUUUAGAUCUCAGCGAAUGGUCGAACACGCGCGUGUUGGCCAAACUAAACAACUUUUACGCAUCUGGUAUUAUACGUCAAACUACAUCGUACAAUGGUAGCAGCAGUGGCGUAGAAGCCAAUGGCAGACCGUCUUCCGCUGCUACACCGAAUUCGAUUACAGUGGAAUUCGAUCCGCCGGAAAAUUGCACCCAGCGCUAUACAGACGUUUUGGGCAAUGGGCGCUUUAAUGUGAUAUUGGACGCUAGUCCACCAUUAGCUGAUAUUAACGUGGACACACGAGUUUGUGUGCGCAGUCAAAUCGACGGUCGAUCAGGAUAUGUUUUUGUGGAGGGCUUUGUGACGGACAUCAAUACAAAAACAAAACAGUUCACCGUACAAAUUCACACAGAUUCGACGCCAAUAUUUAAAACGGUUAAACGGGCGGAUUUGCGUUUACUGUUACCGCCUUGGUGGGACGAAUUGCGUGAGCUUUCACCUUCUCCACAGCAGCAGCAUUCACAUGUUUUCGGCAAUCAUAAAGCUGGUGGUUCACACUCUGCGCUGCUCACGUCCCCACAUCAACAUCGCACUGGCGGUAGCAGCGGUGCUCCAGGGACAGUGUCGCACAAAACCAGUACUGGUCACCACAAUUUGACUUAUGUGACUACGCGGUAUGACGGUAAAAUUCCGGCACACGCUACAGUCGCCAGCUCCCAGCAGCUGGCCGCACACAUGUCGUCAUACAGUACCACUCAACAGCAACAUCUACAGAAGCAAGAAGAGUAUUACCGGACGACUGCCACUUCACCGUUCCAAACUGUAGGUGGCAGUGGGCAAUCUUUGCUUGUGAACGCUCAUAAUGUGGGAACGAUUGGCAAAAUACAUGCCAACGGCAGCAUAGCAACAGCAUCGCUACCCGAAAUUGUUGUUUCGCAACAACAAUCGCAAUCAGGAGGCAGCGGCAUCAGCAGUCAUCAAUCGCACUCCCAACACUCGCAAUCGCCAUCAGAUGAUCUACAGCGACGCCAGUCACGUCAAUAUGAUGAAUUUGAGUCGGAUGAUGAGUUAAAAGGAGUACAAAUAGAUGGAUACACGCUAGGUGACGGCGACCCCGAGAAACUGUCGGCGGGAAGCAAGCGCAGCAGUGUACAAAGCCGUGGUAGCACAUCAAGCACCCCAAGAUCUCAAGCAACCACACCACAUCGCUUCAAAAAGGGUGACAUUGUUCAAUCGGAAUCCGGGGUACGCAAGAAAUACAAUGGCAAACAAUGGCGUCGCCUUUGUGGUAUGUGCUCCAAGGAAUCUCAGCGACGGGGUUUGUGCUCACGCCAUCUCAAUCAGAAAGGCAAUGGUCUGCGGCCCAAUGGCGCUAGUCGAUUUCCUGGUGAUAUGAAUAGUCGUUCAAGCAGUAAGACGCAAGUGGACGAAGAUACUUCGCGCGAUUCAGAGACUUCCCCCAACUACCGUGUGACAGGACGUUCUGACCAGGAGGAAACUGAUGUGGCUAAUAUUUUAGUGUCACUCAGCAGUUCACGUUCUGCCACACCAAGCUAUUCUUCACCUGUCAACCAUGGUACCUCGCCGAUGAAUGUUACCAAUUCGCCCGUGCCAGUUGUCUCCAAUCGCCAAAAUUUUUUCACGCCGAUAGGUGGUGGCCCUGUUGUAACAGCGGACCCACAAACAACUAAGUGGAAGACUGCGGCUAGCCCCAUACAAUAUGGUACAGUGGGCUAUCCACAGGUUAUACGUCCCGAAUCGGUGCGUGCACAGGGAAACGCUGCCGCACCACCGCCACAACAAUCGCCCGUCUCUAUGGUGGUGCAUCAUCAGAGUGCUGCUGGUGUAGCAACUACACAUAUGUCCGGAUCUAAUGGCAAUAUACAUCAUUCUUCUCUGCACCCGGCUCACCACCAAGCACCACCACCACCAGCACCAGCACAAUCUGUUGUCAUGGCGCAACAGCAUUUGCAGCAGCCGCCGCUUGCGCAUAGUCAUAUAUCCCUGUCACCAGCUGCGCCACCUCCACCGCAACCGGUCGUUAGCAGUGCUGUGAUUGCACCACCUCGCCCACCGGCUUCUGUGGUUACAAGCGUUGGUCACGCUACCACCAGUGUUAUACGGAUCUCACCUGCUGCCGCCGCGGCUGCAGCAAAUAAUGGCACCGCAGCUAAUGGGAGCAAUGCUGCAACGACACUGCCGAAAUCAUUUCAUCCUGUCAUAGUCGAUCCCACACAGCUAGUGCCACUGCUGUCACCGGCUAAUGGCAAUUCAGCGCUGCAGACAGGACAGUCCACAUUAGUUUCGAUCAGUGGCGGCUCACUCUUAGCCGCUGCACAUCAACAUCAAUUACAGCUGCAGGCACCAGCGCCACCGAUUUCAAAUGAAAAGACGAUUCCAAAAAACGGAUUUCCGCCGGGGUCGAUAUAUCAAUGGCAAACGCUGUUGCCCACCAUCAGUCAAUCCCCCGUUAAACCGACCAAUUUUACGAUAGCCGGCAUCAUACCGCCAACGGCGGAAACACCACCCCCACAACAACAACAACAGCAGCAGCAGCAAACAACACAAGGAAUUAAUCACCAUGGUCUCCACAACAAUCACAGCAAUCGUAGUUUGAGCGUCGGUCAUAAAAUGACCGUUGACUUAGACUCACCCGAGAAACCUUUGAAUUUCUCAACAAGUGAUGCAGCCGCCAUGAAUAGUACGUUUAAUGUAGGUAGUGGAACAGGAACAUCAGGUGGCAGCGGAGACAACAGCAGCGUUCAACAAGAAGAUAAUGACGAUCAAUUAGAUGACGACGUCUUCGAACCAUCGGCACCAACACAUCAAAAAACUAAGCAUACAAGAUUCGCCAUCAAUAGUAGCAGUGACAGCUACAGAUAUGGGAAUUCGUCGGGAAACAAAUAUGGUAAUGAAGGUAUGGGAGAGGCGAAGACAUCGACAGUUGCAAGUAGUUGCGGCGCAGCAGCUAAGCGACGUUCACAAUCGCUUAGUGCGUUACAGCAACAACAGCAGCAGCAACAAGCAAAAGCAACUGGCGGAGGAGGAGCUUGUGUCAUUGAUAAGGAGCCCUUAAGUCCAGAACCGGAUAAAAUCCGCCGCCCUAUGAACGCUUUUAUGAUAUUCUCGAAAAAACACCGUAAACUGGUUCAUAAGAAGCAUCCUAACCAAGACAAUCGCACCGUAAGCAAAAUUCUCGGUGAAUGGUGGUACGCUUUGAAACCGGAACAGAAAGCUAAGUAUCAUGAAUUGGCCAGUUCAGUGAAGGAUGCUCAUUUCAAACUUCACCCACAUUGGAAAUGGUGUUCGAAAGACCGUCGUAAGUCAUCUAGUUCCGGUAAAGGUGGACCAUGCAGUGGCGCUAUAGAUAGCAGUGACAGUAUCGACUUGCCAAUGCAUAGUCCGGGUUCCGCGAGUGCUUCAAGCAACACUGCAGUCGAUUCUCAAGGGGAUAUCAUACCACUUACAAUUGAAGAAACUCUGGGCCAUGUGAAAGAGGAAAACACGAGUAUCAAAGCGGAGGUUGUGCAACCAAACGAAACCCAACAGUCAGACGAUGAGCACAUGCUGAUGGUAGAUGAAGCUACGAAUAAUAAGCAGAGCAGCAAUAGCAAAUCAGGAUCUCAACGACUAGACCCAUUGAAACAAAUAGAUUUAAAGUGUCGCGAACGCGUUACCGAUUCAGAUGUUGAAGAUACCGCCUAUGAUUAUAGGAAAUCCGCAACGAAUGCGGCGAAAAGUGUGCAAAGUAAAAACUUAGUUGAGAACGAAAAGCUGUCAACGUCGAAGAAUUCAAGUGUAAAAACUGAGAGCAUUAAUAAGACGGAAGAAAAUCUAGCUUCUAGCAACAACGCACUUAACACGAGCACUGAGAGGGACAUAACAUUGAAACCGAAACCCAUCAAGCCGUAUGCCUCCAGCAUUGAAAGUAGCAUUCUUAGUCCUCAGCAGAUGCCGAAAUACUCAUACAACAGUCCGAAGAAUCCAAUCGGUGUAACACCAUUCCAACCAACAGGCGGUGCGUUCAAAACCAUGCCCAUAAGCCCAAAAAGUGCUAAGCUAGACGAACAACAGACGCAACAGAUGCAUAUAAAGCAAGAGGAUAUCAAGCAAGAGCUCACUUCCCCCUACAAAAUGAAUGGCGGCGGCGCAAGUGCAAAUAGUGUAUUCACAUUCAAUGUGCCAAUGGGCGCUGCAGCGAGCCUCAAUCAAAAGCAACAACAGAAUACGGGACAUCCACUACGCAGUCCUAAUACCAUGGAAGGUAGUAAAGCCAACACAUCGGCAUCGUCGGUGCCAUCUUCGCCUGCCUCGGCUAGCGUAGCCAUCAGCUCGUCCGCGGCCUCUUGCUUUACCAGCACACCGGUAAUGACACCAACUCAAAUACUCACAACGUCGACUGGUGGUAAUGGCGGAAUUGGCAGCGGCCAGAAGCAGAUACUAUUCACAGUCAACAAUAUGUUAAAUCAGGUCGCCAUUCUCCCAAUGCAACAACUAACGGAAUCAUCAGCCAGUAUCGGCGCCAGUAGCAACGUUUCUGGUGGUGGUCCAAUUAAGCCAACUCCCAUCUCCUACCCCAACUAUAAGAAGAGCAAUGGCCAAACUGCUUUUGGUAUGAAUGCAAAUAUGAGUGCCAGCAAUGCUUUAUCAAAUACGAAUAACGGCUCUGUUUUGCUGCACAACUACACAGAACCUACACCAAAAUCACCAUCUUAUAAAUCAUUGCCCACCACACCGAAGUCAGCUUGCUCCUCUUCAACUUUUGCAAUGAAUCCACCGGACUCAGCUGGCAAGCGCAGCACAGAUAGCAGCUCGACUUCAGCCUUGGACGUCGAGGAUGAACCGAAUGAUAUUGGUGGCAAACAGCAGUUGCAGUUCAUUUUAGCACCAACGCCAGCGCAACUGGGACGUGCGAAAUUUCCGCGCCGAAAAACUUGUUCUUCAAACAACGGAGCAAGCGAUAAUAGUAAUAAUAACAGCUUUUCUGCCACUGGCCUGAUGGGGAGCAACGCUAUGAAGAAAUUGAAUUCGCCUAUUAUGGUGGACUCUUCAUCGCCUAUCAUUGGCAAUGUAAACACAGUUGUGUGUUCGAUGACGUCGGCUUUGCCCACACCUACCUCGUCAACGACCACGCCCAACAGCGACGAGCAAAUGCCAACUACGCCUUCGGCAGUUAAUAGCAAUGGCAGUACCGGGAGUGUGACUGACUUGAGCGGUAUGUUGAACCCCAAGUCGCCGUUAAAAUCAGCAUCAGCGACUAAAAAGAAAAACGAUGACAUGGAUAGCGUUCUAAAACAAGUAGAUUUCGAGAAGAAAUAUCAGGCAUUGCCACAGUUCAAACCCGAAGAUUGUCUAUCGCCCAGCGCCAUAGCAGUGCCCUCAUCGCCACGCGUCUACGGCACCAAUUAUCGCAAGAAGAAUCCACCUCAGCCUAUUGCGCCACCAAAAAAGAUCAUUUGUGAGGAUGAAUCGGCUAUUGAUACAGCAUCAUUGCCAUCAACACCGUCACAACGUUUCUUCGGGCCCGAUUUCAACAUUGAACAGCUAAGUAAGUGCAAAGUCACAUACAGCAGUGUAAAGUAUAUGCAGAUUUUUUAUGUCGACUUUAAUUUAAUUAUAGAUUUGGAGAACUCUGAUGAAACGGACCGUUCGCCGCGCACUCCACAAACCCCUUUGCAAAGUGCACGAUCAGAUGCGAGCGAAAAAGGACAUCGCAAGGUAUUAGAAAUACGUCGCAAGUUUGUUUAUCAACUUUUCAACGAACACGGCAUGUUUCCAUCGACCCAAGCCACAAUGGCUUUUCAGAAAAAGCACAUCGACGUAUUUCCGCGAAAACAAGAUCUCCAAUUGAAAAUACGCGAGGUGCGUCAAAAGUGUAUGAGCCAGUCCGGAUUCACACCACACUCUGCCGGCCCUAUGACACCAUCCGCUGAGACUUGCAUGGCCACAACUUCUGCAACAUUAACUACAAACACAACAACAGCAACAACAACACCAAGUCAGAACUAUGGUAGCGGAGAUAAUUAUUUGCAACCGCAAUCAAAUGAUGAAUAAUUAAGCAUCCUGGAGAGGUCUGAUUACAUAAAUACAUAGCACCACUGUUCAGACUUAAUAAAGAGAGAGUGAGAGAGGGAGUUAAGUACAAUUAAAUUCGAAUUCAGUGUGCCAUGGCAAAAAGUAAUUAUGCAAUUUAUGCAUAUGACCAUACAAUGCAAUAGAGAGCUAAUUUCAAUCGCAAUGAACAACAAGCUUUUAAUGUCAGCUUAAGAUAUGUUUAAAGAUACACAUUAACACUAAAGGGAAAGUAAUGUACUUUCAUAUUCUAGACGAAAUGAGAAUAUGUAAUUAUUCGUAAACAAAUUGAUUGCCUUUUCGGUUAUUGUUGAGAAAGAUAUAAUAUUCAAAUAUUAUAGAGAGUGGAGAUUCUUAAAAGUUAGCAGACCGAUUCAUCUAAGCAAUAAACUUCUGCAAUAUGACAAGCGACCGAGCAACAACAAAAUACAAAACUUUCCGUUGCAAGGGUACAAUAAACCAUUUAUCUAUUAAAAAAUCCAUAAGCCAAACCGAAAUAAACGGGAGUGGAAAAAUUAUUGUAUAAAUUAAAAGAUUCACAAAUAUAUACACAAAGUGAACAGCACAGCAAAGAAACACACAGAAAACAAAUUUUAGCACACAUAUAAAGCGAACACUUCAAAACAUUAUAAUUAAUCCCAAUUAAUUAAAAAUAGUGUUUUAAUUUAAAAAGAUUCAACAAAUAAUACAGCAAAACAUACAAGAUAGAAUUAAACCGUUAUUCAAGCAUAUAAUCCAUGUAAUGAAUUCAAAAAUAUAUACAUAUAACAACUAAAUAAAUAAGUGAAUAAUGAAGUUAAAAUUUUGUAUUAAUACAAACAAACAAACAAAAACAGAACUAAGAUAAAAGGUGUAGCAAAUAAAUAAUUAAUUAUUAAUCUUUAAGUAAGUUUUUGAAGUUGGUAGGCGAAAUGAACUCAAAGUUAAAUGAAACAAACUGAAUUAAUUUUAAAUGGGGCUUAAAAAUGUUUAAAAUAUAAUAAUAACACAAUUAAUUAAUUAUUACAAAAAAACACACGUAAAAACUAUUCAAAUGCAACUUAGCAAACAUUAUUGCGCGAAGAAAUGAUAUAAAUAAUAAACUUGUUCAAUAUCCUAGCAUUCGGUUCAACAUUUUAUACGCAAGCAAGUAAGCAAUUGCAUACGAAUAAUGUAAAACACACCCACAUGCACAGAUACAUAUCGUCAUCGCAUUGGCAAAUAACCGUACUUUAUAGCUUUCAUUUAAAUUUAGAACAUUGCAGUCAAAAAUUGUGCAUUUCUUCGUCGAUUUAGUGAUAGUAGAAAUUUUGCUCUUUCAUGUAUGCAUAUUCUUUUAAAUAUUUUACAUAAUGCUAAAAGAAUUCACUGCAAUUACGUCAGUUGUAAAAAGCAUCUUUACGCUAAACAAACAAAACCUUAUUUAAUCUUCCACCAGCAGAAAGCGCAUUUUUUGAUUAUUUUAAUAAGCAGUAAUUUGUUUCGAAAUCCCACAAAUCUCCAAUCUUAAACUCUUCAUUACUUAAACCCGUCCCAUAACCUCUACUUCCCCAUUUCAUAUACACAUUGUAUUUUAUUCGAAAUUUUAUUAAUAGUCUUUUGAUUUAUAAUUUAUGAUUUUAACAUUUAUUUUAACUAAACAAACUAAAGACAAAAAAAGUUGUCCUUGUUGCAUUUUUUAUCUCAAUUGUUAAUGAAAUGAUUUGCAAACAACGGGGCAUAAACUCUCGAAGUAAUUGGCGCCUUAUUGUUAUGAAAUACAUACGAUUUACAGCUUUAAGCCUUAGCCCAUUAAAGUUUCUUUCCAUUCCUUCUGCUGUUUCUUCAAUUUGCAAAAACACUGGUUUGCUGAAAUUUAAUACGUUGAAAACUCAUUGUAAAACUAAGAAUGAUUUUUGAAUAAUUGCUUUAAUCGUAACUUCCCAUACACCACAGAGGUAAGAGUUAUGACAAACAAACAUUCAAACCACUGUUUGUAAACACAAAUGUGAGCAACUGUCGUCUUCCACUUACAAUGCUGCAAUAUUAAAAAUAUUGUUUUUUUUUUAAACAUAUGUGCAUUAAUUAAUAUUUUAGUAUUUUAAACAUACACUCGAUUCAAUUUUCUUUUCAUGAAGAUAUUUCACUAGAAGUGUCUUCAAUUUGGUUUGAUUGAUGCAUGUGGGAAAAUUUAAAAAAAAAAUCUGAUUAUUAUCAUUUUAUCAUAAAUGUAUAGUUUAUUUUGCAUGCAUUUAAGACUGUAUGACAAAUUAUUAUUAAAUUUAUUUAUGGUUAUGUACUGUAGUAGUUACUCUUAUGAAAACAGCUUACGUAGUUGCAUUCACAAAAAUACAGGCACACAUACCGUUUCUUCCUUGUAAUGUAGUUAAGUUAAUAUUUUAGUUAUAUUUCCUCCUUACUAAGUUAGAAAUGUUUGCAAGUCUUAAUUUGAAAAGUAUACUAAAGUCUCAAAUACGAAUGCCAACAAAAAUAUGGUUAUUUAAUAUAUACAUAUACAUAAAUAGGUUUAAAAAAUCCCUAUAUAGUUUUUUUUAUAUAAUUUAUAAGAAAGAAGAAAAAUGUAUUAUCUAAAAAUGUUUAUGUACAAAAACGUGCAUAUGCUGUAUAUUCGUAAUUUCAAAGCAAAGCUGUAUGUUUAAUCUUUUCUAUGCCCCAUUAUAAAUAUACAUAUAUAAAGAAAAUUAAGCAAAUAGCGCAUAUACAAAUUAUAAAUGUGUUUUUAAAAUGUUAAAUAAAUUUUGAUUUUAUGCAGAAAAUAAUUAAUUGUUUCUGUUGUUGUUUUAUUUAUGCAUUUCAUUUACUUAUUCAAAGCCCCUCUGACAAAUUUUUUUAUAUCUUUUAAUAUUUUGUUACUUCAAAAUUGUAAAUAUGCCCAGCCAUACAUUCUAAAAAGUUCCACAAAAACUUUCACUCUUUCUUUGUCGAACAAGUGUUCAACAAGUCAUCAUAUAUUAAAUUUGCAUAUAAAAUCUGGUUGCAUUUUGAAAUAAUAUGAAUAAUACUCAAUAAUUAUUAUAUUAUUGACAUAUCCAAAACUCGUUUAGAUAUAACAUAACCACAUACUAUCCACAUCAAAUCAAAGGAUUAAGUCAUUAUUUUAUUUUAGUUUGAGUGUUGAAAAUUUAUAGAAUUUUAAAAUCAUUCAUGUUUUUGUAUCUGUUAUUUUUGUUCUAAUCUCAACGCUCCAUACAAAUGUAUAAUAAACUCAAGAAAUCGUGCCAAGCGGAGAAAUAUAAAUACAAGUCCGAACAAGUAAUGAAUAUUUCUCAAAUAUUAAUGCAAAGUAAAAUAAAAAAAAACUCGAUUAAAAAAUAUAAAAUAUAAGUACUGGAUACACACUAAAUACAUAGAAGAAUAAAAUGGAUAUUACUAAAAAGAAAAACAACAACAUACGGUUUUAAAUGUAAUUAAGCAACUAAAUGACAAAAGAUAAUUGAAGGAUACAUACAUUAUUUCACUUGGAUUGUCAGCAAAGAAGACAGAUUGCAAUUUUCGGGUGCUAUAAAACCCUGAACGGAUCAAAUUAUGUUUGAGGGAGAAAGUUUUUGUUUAUCAAUUCUUUCAGUACAAAGUUAACGCAUUUCACACAGAAUAUUCGAUAAUUAAAUGCCUAUUUUCUGUAUGGUCUCACCAAAAAUGUGGUUAUUAAGUUUUGACCAUAAUAUUAAUAAAUUGUGUUCUCAACAUUUGGAUAUGCGGUAUGCAUAUAUCGCUUAAUAUAUGUUAGUAAAACAAAUUAUUCAUAUUUUUGUUUUAUUUAAUUUGUGUAGUUAACAAGUAUUAAGCGAAAGUAAAGAUAAAUUAGAUCUAAUGUCAACAUAUGAAAAUACAACAGGGGGCAGCUAUUUUAUAGAUAUUAUUUUACAAAUAUCUCUCCUUUGAAACAAAAAUUACUUACAUAACGAAAACUGUUAGCUGUCUCUCUACUCGCUGACUAUACAAAGUAUAAACGAUUGUCCUCUAUUUAUGUUGUUUAGAAACCAGGUAAAAUUCGUAAAUUCAGUGAUAAUAACUGGAAAUAAUAAUGAAAUAUUCGCAAAGUCAAAGUCUACAGAAUUUUAAUGAAAAAAAAAAAACAAAAUACAAAAAUCUCUAGAACCAACUUAAAACAAGAAACAUAAAAUAACUAAGUCCAUACAUACAUAUAUGUGUGUAUAAAUAUAUAUAUAAUAUUAAAUAUGGUUAUUGAUAAACAAUGCUAGUGCGCUGUACAAGAAAACCAAACCAAAGCAAUUUACAAAACUUUUGGCAACAACCCUUUUGGAUAUGACGAAAACAUAAACGAAAUGCACGAGACAAACUUACAAACUAAAAUACCAAUGAAAAUUGCAAUUAUUUAGCAAAGAAAAUACAGAACAAACAAAGAAAACCGCGUUUCGGACUCAAAAUUCUAAAAUUCAGGUAUUACGCAAAUAGUCUUGAACAAUAAAUCAAGAAAACAUAAUUAUGUAAUUUACGUGUAAGUGAAAAUUAAUAAAUGAAUUUAAAUUGAAACUAAAAUGUAGAGAAAGAAUUAAGCAAAUAUUUAGAUACAUUGUUUUACAAAAACCAAAAAUGUAUUUUAACAAAAUGUUUCAAUGAAAUAAAAACGAUUAAGAUUAAGAAUUAAUUGAAAAUUAAUUAUCACAACUUUUUGAGAAAAAAAAAAAAUUAAAAAAUUAAAUUUUGUUUGCUAAGUUCAACGGAUUUGAAGAAAAUAAUAGAAUUCAGCUAAUCUUCUCUGGCUUUGACAUACAAUCAAUUUAAGGAUAGAGUAUUUGCCGUAUUACAGGCUACGCUUACAGUCUUUCGAAGUACACAAACACACACCAUCUAUUACUCCUACUGCUCUGAGUAUUGAAAUGUUUCACAUUUUUGAUUUCAAAAUGUUUAUAAAUAUUUGG